AACAAAGCGGCGAGAAGGUGUUCUAAACUUCUUGUUAGAGAAUCGAUCAAUCAAUCAAUAUUUGUUUGUUCCAUCUUUGAUCCGGCGAUCCAAAUCAGGGUUAGGAUUUGCGCAAAGAUGCCGAAGAAGAUGGGUGUUAACAGCAAAGCCGAAGAUGCUAGGGCUAGAAAGACCGCUGCAGAAUCCGAUCGCAAAGAACGCGAUGCUCGCGAUAAAGAAGAUCAGUACUGGCGUCAAGCCGAAGGAGAUAAAUCUCGUUCCGUCAAGAAACGUGAAGAGGACGCUGAGAAACGUGCCGAAGCAACUGCUCGCAAGGCUGAGGCUCGUCGAUUGGCCGAAUUAGAAGAGAAGGAGCUUGAAAAGGUUAAUAAGAAACCUGAUAAGAAAGCCAAUCGCGUUGCUAUUCCCUUGCCUAAGGUGACCGAGGUCGAGCUGCGACGGAGGAGAGAGGAGGAACAGGCGCAGAUUCUGAAGAAGGCGGAAGAGGUUAAGAAGAAGCAGGAUAGGACGCAGGAUGAGGAAGAGUAUGAAAGGAUGGUUCUUGUUGCGAAUACUAAUAGGGAUGAUUCGAUUAUUGAGGCACGUUCGCUUGAAGAUGCGAUUGCUCAGAUGGGUGUUAAAGAUAAUCUUCCAAUUGAUAAACAUCCUGAAAAGAGGCUUAAGGCAUCUUUUAAGGCUUUUGAAGAAGCUGAGCUUCCUAGGCUGAAAGAAGAGAAGCCAGGUCUCACACAUACCCAGUACAAGGACAUGGUUUGGAAGCUUUGGAAGAAAUCUCCUGAUAAUCCUCUUAACCAGGUAGCGGAGUGAUAACUCACAAAGAGCUGAUGGAGAAUCAGAAGAUUGUGGUCCUCUGGCCUUGAUGUUAAGUGUGUUGAAGUUUAUGUCCAAUUUAGCCUUUUUCUUACUAUUAGCUCAUAUGCUGCUGAAUUUCCCUCUUUAUGAACUCGAUAUGGAUUGCAAUUUUCUUAUUUGAAAAUACCCUCCAUUUUCUGUAUUUUUUGAAAUAAAUGUUACACAUUUGUCAACAAUUGUAUACAUUUCUCAAUUCCAGGGUUGUUUCGAUUCCAUGGAA